UGCUAUGGCAACUUACGGGCUUUGUCAAGGAAAGAAAAUGCGGCAGACGGUUUCUGUUACUCAUUUACAAACGUUUGAGCCGUUAUGGAUCCGGAUCGCUUUGUGUUACUUUCCAGCGGUUACCGCAUGCCGAUUAUCGGAUUAGGUAUGUUUCAGGCGAAGGAUGAAAGCGAAGUGAUCGACACUAUCUCGACAGCUAUCGACGUUGGAUACCGUCACAUCGAUACGGCUUUCGCCUAUCGCAACGAAGCCUUCAUAGGUCGGGCUCUCCAGAAAGUUCUGCAGAGUGGGAAGGUCAGAAGAGAAGAGCUAUUCAUUGUGACCAAGCUUCCUAAUAACGGUCUUCGUCCAGACGCUGUGGAAUACUUCUUUCAAAAGUCUCUGUCGGAGCUUAAGUUGGAUUACAUCGAUCUCUACUUAAUUCAUUUCCCAGUUGCAGCCAAACGAUCUGACGAUGAUUACGCUCUUUUCCCGACUAAAAACGGUGUUUUCGAUGGAGAUGAAACGAUUGAUUUGGUAGAAACUUGGCGCGUAAUGGAAAAGCUCGUUGAUAAGGGAUUAGUCAAAUCUAUAGGCAUCUCCAACUUUAACAGCCAGCAGAUUCAGCGAAUUUAUGAUGCAGCAAGAAUAAAACCAGCAGUUCUGCAAGUAGAGUGUCAUGCUUAUCUACCACAAUUCGAAUUGCAAGAAUUCUGUAAGAAACUCAACAUAGCUUUCACAGCCUAUUCACCUAUUGGCGCUCCUGGCCAGCCAGAAUUCCAGAAAGGAGAAACAAAAGAACUCAGACUACUGGAUGAUCCGAAACUCAAACCGAUUUGUGAAAAACAUGGAAAAUCCCCGGCACAGAUUUUACUUCGUUAUCUGGUACAAAGAGGAAUAAUUGUCAUUCCCAAAAGUUCCAAUCCAAAAAGACUUAAAGAAAAUAUUCAGAUAUUUGAUUUCUGCCUGUCUGAAGAGGAUAUGAACAUUUUAAAAUCCAUGGCUAAAAACAGACGUUAUUUUACUUUCGAAACUUACAAAGGAAUGCAAGAUCAUCCGGAAUUUCCUUUCAAAAUACCUUACUGAUGUCAAGAAAAUGCUUUUAAAUUUCAUUAGGAACUCUUGCUGAACGUCAUAAACACUGCAAAUGCAAAUAUGAUUUUGUACUUUAUGUGACAUAUUGCACAGAUAAUCGCAAUAGCUGAAAACAAUAUGGAAAAUAUCUAUGCUUUUUUAAUGUCUUAUAUUUCAUAUCUCCUUUUGUUUUGUCACUUUCGAAGUAUUGUUACAAUUAUAAGUUCUUAAGCUUAACAAUUCACGAAUUGUAAGUAGUUGAACUUACAAUUUAGAUGUAAUAAUAAAUAAAAAUGUAUUAAAUAAAGUC